AUGACUUUCCAAGACAUUCCAAUUGCUGACCUGACCCAUCUACACUUCUCUUUCGGUUAUGUCACCCCUGAGAGUUUUGAGAUCGCACCAAUGGAUGAUCUGGAUAUGGAUUUGUUCACCGAGAUGGCGAAACUCAAAGACGACAAUGCUGGUCUGAAGGUUAUUGUUGCGCUUGGAGGCUGGACCUUUAACGACAACAACACGGCCACGCAGCCGGUCUUUCAUGAUAUUGUGUCAUCGGCGUCCGCGAGAGGGACUUUCAUCACCAAUCUUCUGAACUUCCUGCAGGAAUAUGGAUAUGACGGUGUCGAUUUUGAUUGGGGUGAGUCUUGA